GACCCGGAGAAGAGGCAGAACACGAAAACGGGCGACCUGGUAAGAAGAACGUUUAGACUUCGCUUCUACCACAAUACGCGCUGCGGCGGCGGCUUGUCCAAGGAGAUAUACGCCACGCGACAAGCGGCAGUCAUGAACGUUUUCUAUGCCAUCGCCUUGCUGUCCGCAGCUUCGCUGGCGGACGCACUCGGGGCCAUAACGAGCAUCGACAGUUCCCUGAAUGACAUAUCUACUUCGGGUCGUGGCACACUUCAGGGCGGCAGUUUCAUCAGCGACGCUCCCGUGGACACCGUUGUGCGCAGCGAGGCGAAUGGCGUCCCAAUGGGCGGAGGUUUGGUGGGCGGACUUCUCUUCGGUAGUUUUGGAGCACACCCCAUGCGCACGCACACGAUGACCCGAGUAGGCCCUAACGUACUUGGAGGAGUCACCCGUACCACCCACACAACUUCCGUCGUUGGCGGGACUGGCGUUCCUGGUCAUCCGGCCGGACUCCCCGGUGCAACACUGCGGCAAACAGAGACAACCUUCGCGUCGACCCUGGGUCCACAGCGCAGUGGAAGCUUCUUAUUUACUUGGGGAGGCCCUAUCGGGGCCCCCAGCUCGGGUUUCACCACUGCGACUGCUUUUCAUGGCAACUGGGUACCGAACGGUGGAUUUAGGGGCUAUGGCUUCAACGGUGGCUACCCUACCGGCGGUUUCAACUAUUUCUUUAAUAGUUACUACCCCGGUGUUGGCUACGGCUACGCGGGUCAACAGAACGGCUACGGCUCUGGUUACGGACUCAGAAACGGCAACUACUACGUGUAUCCAGGUUUCAGCGGCUACGCUUUCGGAGGUUAGCCUCCAGCCCUAGUAGUUGGCGAAGUCCGGAUUUUGCCGCAGCCGUACACCAACCACAGCCGUGUGUAAAGAGACAAAGAAUUUUUUAGAAGAGUGCAAGGAGUGUUCAAUGGACUCAGAAAGUCAGCGAGCAUAUUCCUUAAUUUUAUAUAAAUAAAAAUAAUAUUGAAUUUAAGGUUUCCAACGCAA